AUGGGUUCAGUCAAGACACCUCUGGAGAGCGUCCAAGCAUGUUGGGCACGCGUCUCCCAGAAUUCCCCUGUCUACCAGUUCUUCUUUUCGGACAUCGAACUCGUCAGUGCCACGGAUGGCUCCAUGGUCGCUCGGCUUCCAGUCUCAGCGACUCUACUCAAUUCCAAAGGUGGUCUGCAUGGCUCAGUCUCCGCAACCAUUGUUGAUUGGGCAGGGGGCAUGGCCAUUGCCAGUACCGGCCUAGAAAAGACUGGAUUGAGCACCGAUAUCCAUGUUUCCUACGUCUCAACCGCAAAGCUGGGCGAUGUUCUGACCAUCGAGGGCAAUGUCAGCAAGGUGGGAAGAAACAUGGGCUUCACCACUGUGACCAUAUACAAAGGUGAAGGGACGAAUAAAAGCGUGGUGGCUCAGGGUACCCAUACAAAAUACAUUCUGCGAGAUCGGGAGCAGACCAAGGACUCCUGA